AAUCAAUCGUUACAGAACUGAGCAAAAGGAAAAGGGAAAGCUUCGAGGAGGUGGAGAAGUUAGAGGAGAAGUUGGACGAGCUGGAGGAUCGAUCUUUAACGAUAAAACGAUCUAAUCGUGAAAGAAAAUUAAUAUUAGACGAAUUUACGACGAUGUUGGACGUUGUUGAUAAAAGUGUUGAUAAAGGGACAUCCUUGCGACUCGAAGAAAAGGAUCUACGGGGAGAUAUUAACAAGAGUAUGGAUAACGGAUACGAAGGGAUGCCAAUGGAGGAUGAAAAAAAUAUCGAAUAUAUCGAUCGUUCGAUCGCGGAUGUUCCUUCGAAUAUCGUCGAUAACGAUGAUGUCGAUAUCGGUGCUAGCAACGAUCGAAGAUCCAUCGGUGAUGUUGCUGGUCAUACCAAUAAGAAGAUGGAGGAAUUUCAAGUGGUACGCCGAAAAUUUUCGAAGGAAGAAUUUUCUAAUACGGACGACACGGACGAGACACCGAACAAGCGUUGUUCAAGUCAUUUGUCGCCGGAGGCCAGCCCCUUGAGCACAAGAUCCUCGAGAUACAGCCCUCGAGAGAGCGAAAGCGAACCGACACCUGCACUUCCACGGAAAAUAGGUGGAGACUCUUGUUCUGCUUCCCAGAGAAUAAGAGAUGCGAUAAGUAGAAGCAGAAGAGAAUCGAAUAGUAGUGCAAGAUACGAGAGCAGCGGUAGCGAGAGUGUAAGACUGAGCGAGACAGGACUGCACGAUUGCGUAGAUCUAGCAAGGAAGUUGAAAUUUUUUGGUGGUAACGGAAAUGGUGCAAUACCAUUGAUCAUUGGAAACGAUGAAAUUAUUCAACGCGAUAGUGCAACGAGUGCUGGCGAGGAUGAACCACACGAGGACGGGCAUAGCAAUAGAAUCGGUCCGAUUUCCUCUCAGGGAAGAUCUAUGCUUCGUCGACGUAGACAAUUCGAUGCUCAGGGUUCGAGAAGAAGGGGCCGAUCGCACGCUAGAACUUGCUGCGGAGAGGAUCUUCAGAGUCUUCAGACACUUCACGUGAUUGGACGUGCCGAAAGACAAGAAAGUCCAACUGGUAGCAACGCCAACACCACCAACAAUAACAACAAUAACAACAAUAAUAACAACAACAACAACAACAACAAUAAUAAUAAUAACAACAAUAACAACAACGGACAGGAUAGUCAACCGAUAGUCGAUUACAGAAGAUUAGUCUUUAUAAGUUCGGAUUCUUCGUCUGGUCGUGAAGAGGACGACGCUGACAGCAGUUGUUCCAGUUCCUCUUACUUGAACGGUUUACCACGCGGUGGUAGUCACGCUCAGUCCCUCGAGGAUUGCGAUUGGGAUUAUUUCGAGAGCGGUACAUUACCACUUCCUCACGGUAUACCAGUCGCCAUUGGUAAUAGCAACGUUACCACGGAUCCUAAUAUCUCCCAGGAUUGGAGUUGUUGUCCUGGACGUGGUUCCUCGGCUUGUCAGGCUUGCGGGGGUUCUGGAAGCGCAAACGUACUUCCGGUACCCGUCCCUAUACCAGUCCCAGUACCAUAUCCGGUGCCAGUUCCGGCAGCUCUCUGGACCGGUGAUUUCGCAGCGGCAGCGUCCUCGAUGAUAAGUCGUGCCGGAGAUUCGGAGCCUGGAACGUUGAGGUUGAGAGGAGAGCCAGGAGCACCUUGGUUCGCUUGGCACCCAAGAUUUAAUCAGCCAUUGCAUCGCGGUAGACUCGAUCCAAGACUUACCGGUAUAUUCGAUCCAACCAAUUGUAGCUUUAGACCCGAACAAGUGAUAGGACCACGUCUUUACGAGUCAACCAACGAAACGACGAUUUCGUCCGGCAACGAAUCUCAUCGUAAUCAUUUAAACGAAAGUACAGCUGAGACGGUACAAGACAAUCGUGAAAAUAAACUAGGCAAAACAAAUACAAACGCGGAGGACAAUUUAAUGAGCGAGACUUUGAUGAAAAAAGAAUUGUCAGUCGAGUCCGCGGAAAAGGUGCUUGAAAAAAAGGAUGAUUCCAUGGACGUCAGCAAAGCGGAGAAACACGUACAGAUCGAAAAUAGAAUGGAAAAGAACGAAGAGGUAGAAGAAGAGGAGGAAGAGGAAGAAGAAGAAGAAGCCGUUUGCGAGGACUCCUUAUCUUCGUCGUUCGAGAGCAGAGCUCAAAUGAUCUAUCAAAGAUCUCACGAGGAUUCUGGUAGUUCCUCUGGACGUUCCUCGGCCGAUAGCAGUGAUCUAGAGGAAGAUUCCACGUCUCACAGAUUCUCCAGAGUUUUCGUCGUCAACGACGAUUCUUUCACCAGCGACAACGACAUCGAGGACAACGGCGAAGAGGACGAUUCUGAUUCGGCUAACGAACAAGGCGGUGUAACCUUGAAACGUGUUACCGCGUUGCCAGAAGAGGAAUCUGUUAUUUUGCAACACGUACGUUUGUUAAACGAGGAUGGCGAUUUUGAGGAUAUCAAUGGAAAUCAAACUGACAGAAACAGAAUCGACGAGGUUGAAACCGAACAAAGGAGGGUUAUUAAUCCAAACGAUAAUUCUAAUUCGGAGAGAAUUAAGACCCAUCGUGAUGGACGUCAACGUGUAGAUGUCGAUAAUGACGAUAGAAUACCAUUGUUGCUCGAUCAUCGAUUUAUACCAGAAGAAAUUUAUCUAGCCGACGAGAGCGAAUCGUUAGGUAACAAAAUAGAAUUGAGAUCGGUUAGAAUACUUGAUCCUGAUAGCAUCGAUGCAACGUCGAACCUUCCUCCGAUCGAGGGAACUCGAUGUACGAAUGAAACUCACUCGUCCGAUUCAGAAACGACUUUUGAUGUGAAUCCUAUUAGGAAGAGCCAUAGAUCGAUCGAGGUCGAUCGUUUGUCGAAAAUGCUUAAUCCGAAUGAUAAUGACAAAAACUACGCGGAAUUUGAUUUGUCUAAUUCGAGCGAAAAUUGGGAUUCCACGAUAAUACCGGACUCGUUGGAAAUAUCUAGAGAAGUUACACAGACGGAUAAUAACACCUUCUUAGAAAUUUCAAAUGAUUUGAAAAAAUUUCAUUCGAAUGAAGACCACAACGACGACGAAGAAGAGUAUGAUGUCGUACGUAGAAACUCGUCGUACGAUAACAACGAUUGUGAAAGACCAACGGAUAAGCUUAAAGUUUUAUCGGAGCUAUUGAACGACAGUACCUCAGAUCGUAAGAAAGAUAACAACGAAUCGGUUCGUAACGUUAUCGGCAAUUCGUUUUUCUCUUCGAUGGAAAGUUCGACGGGUAACGAAACAACAACGACAGGAAGCGAGGAGGUGAGCAGCGACGAGCUUCACGAGUACGAGGUCACGCCGUUCUGCGAUGUUAACGCGACUGCAACAACGAUUUCCGCUGUUAACGAGGAAUUGUUGUUGUUGAACCGUGUAAAAGUUGAAAACACAUUAGAAAGUAUAAAUGAUGAUGAUGAUGACGACGACAACGACGACGACGACGACGACGACGAGAACGAGAACGACCAUGAGAACGUCGAGGAGGACAACGAGGAUGAGAACGAAGAGGUUAACAGCGAGAGCAAAGAAGAAUCGAUCGACGAUAAGUCUUUACGUAACGCCAGUACGGAGAGUCUUGUUGCAUGGAACAAUUACUUGGAAAAAGGUCUUGCGGUAUCGGAUAAGAACGAGGAAGAGUUGAGUAAGGUGUUGGAGGUUAGUAAAAAGUUAACGGAGAAGGAAUUAAACGGUGAAAAGGACGUAGCAAGGAAAUGGGCAGGUCGAGAUGUAGGAGACGUUAUAUCAAGCAAAAUUCAAGAGAUCUUCAUGAGCGCUGAACGUGCCGAACGUGGAACGGAGACUGCGCACGAGCAUGGCUCGUAUACGGUGAGAGGCGAUAGUCCUGUUUCGAGCGAGGUAGUAGGAAGCAACGUCGGAGGUGGUAGCUGCGCCGGUGGUGGUAACGGUGGUGACGUUGACGGUGAGGACGACGACGGCGGUAGUGGUGCCGAGGAAGGUGGUAGUGGUAAAUGCGAUGAUAGUGAUGGUGACUCGACGGAGGGGGUAUCGACACGGUUUCGCUCAGUCGAGCGACGCCCGUCCACUCGAAAGGAGAAUGGAUUCCCUCCUGCCGCGUCGACUAAGGAUUCCACAAGAGACGCAGCUCGCUACUUUCCCUUCUCGACGAUAUCUUCGAACAAUACCGGUCUCAACGACAACAGCAAUAGCAACGGUAACAGCAACAACAGUAGCAGCAACAACGGUAACAACAACAACGCUAAAUAUAGGAGCCUCGUGAUGAUUACCCAAGAAGCUUCGUAUCAACCGGUGAGCGUGAUCACGUCGGACACUACGACCUUGUUGCAGCCGGAUGAAGUCCACACGGCUGGUCAGGGUCUAGCUGGGUAUUUCCAGCUGGCGCUCGAAGCCGUGGCCGAACAACCUCAUCGUAAGACGGGCCAACCUCCUCGAAGACCUCUCAUGGUUAAAAGAUUGCCGACCAAUGUGACGAAUCAUUCGGAAACGGAGGUAGACAGUGGCUUGAGCGUAGGUAGUGCCAGCGAGAGCGAUGACGUAUCGGUUAAGAACGCUAAUAAAAUAAAUAAUCGUUUGGAAGGUAGUAACGAGGAAUCCCAGACGAAGGAUCGACAGAAUAACGAUCAUAAAGAAGGGUUACGAGCACGUGCGUCUUCGCAAUCGAGCGAGGAUAACUCGGCAACCGGUGGGGUCGUUAUACUCGAAGAAGGAUUAGCCGAUGAUGACUCCUGGGUCGAGGAAGUCUCCCACGACGAGGAUGAACCUGGUGCUACGACAGCGACCGAGGAGAGUUCCGAGGACGAAGCUAAUAAUCUUGGCGAUCGAGAGGAAGAAUUACGAGGAUAUCACAGGCAAGCUAUCGACUUUACCCUUCAUACCAUCGUCGAGGAAUCCUGCGAGGAGAGCGAAGCCGAACCCAGUCUGGCUGCGGGUAGCCCAUCGAAAAAACAGCGACCACCGUCUGCCUCGGAAUUAGAAAAAUAUUUUUUCUUUGGACUUGGCGGCGAUGGAAAUAAUUCGAGCAUGGGAUCACGCGAGGUCGACAGUCUGUCCGAAACAUCGUCAAUUUAUUCGGAAGGUCUGGAGUCUCUUGGACAAGACGAACCUACCAGCACUACAUCGAACACCAGUACCACCACCGGUUGUCAAAGUCAAGAAAGAUUGAAUUCUAGCGAUGGAUUUCUCAAUUCUUCGAGAUUAGAAAAGUACUUUCUAUCGGAGUUUCUUGGAUUCGAUCAAGAUAGACGUGACUCUGACGGAUCGGUUGGUAGCGAUUCCGAAGGUAGACCAAGUCCAGAGGCUCAACGAAGGAAACGUCUCGUUCGUGCUAGAGGUACAGGUCGUUCGCAUAGUUCUUCUCUCGAUAAUCUCUUGGCCUUGACCCAAAGCUCGCAAAAUUUGAGCUCUCAAAAUUCUCUGCAAGACCUUAGUCUCAAUCAGGAUCUGCAAGAAACUCAAUCGGAAGGAUCCUCGACCGAAACUGACGGGGCGGAGGACGGACAAACCGCGGCUUUUGGUACGGAUGGACAAUUCGAUACGGUCAAAAGGAAAAAGAAAAAGCCUAGAAAUUUGGGCACGCAAAGUCCUCGUGUACCAGACGACAGAAACAAAACUCCAGAGCCUAACAGAGAAAUGGUAUUGGUGGGAGAAGUGGUAGUGGAGGACGAUACGGAGGCCGCGAAUUCUGAAGAUUCCGAGAGAGCAAAAACACCUCAGCCUGAAUGUGCAUUGUCUUCAUCGUCGUCGCCGUCCAUAGUCGCAAACGCGUCUACUACCUCCUCGCCGCAAGUCGUCGAUUCGUCGAGGAACCUUCUUUCAGCUUCCGCCGAUUCUAUCGCUUAUAAUCAAAGAUCGAAACAACAAUCGAGAGAUUCCGGCUUCGUAGGUAGCUGCGACGAUCUUUUGCAACAUCAAAAGAUACCGGACGACGUUCAGGUUAAUUCCGAAGUUAAUCAAGAAACGGGAAAGGAUCGUGCGAGAAAGGAAAGCAACGUUGGCGUACGUGCGACGGACGAAACUAUUUCGAACGAAACCGUUGUCGACAACGAAAAGAACAAUUCGAUAAAGAUAGAUCAUCCUAUAAAUCACGCUAGCAUGCCGCACUUGCCAAAUGCGUCUCUGUCGCGCAAGGAUAGCUUUAACAAUUGGUCCAGCGACGAAGAAACGAAUCUGAUGAUGUCGAAGAUGCGACAAUUUUUCAAGACCAUGGUCGCGAACUCUAACGGUCAAGGACAAAACGUUGGAAACGCAAACUCUAGCGGUGCCUCGCCGGCGCCGAGUCCACGAUUGCCCGGUUAUACAUCGAAGUCAAGAAUUUGUCCGCAGAAUCGUACCAAACCGCCGCAAUUGGUGUACUUCGAGAACGAGUUGACCAGAUUAAUGAAAACAGUACCCGGUAUACGAGACGAACAGGUUCGAGAGAUAGUCGAGUAUCUCAGUUCGGAGGAUACUUGGUCCGAUUCUUACGACAGUUCGGAUUAUACAAGUUCUGAUUUAGAAGGGGCUGCUGGUGGUCGCCGUUCGGCAUUGCAAGAACAAAUAUCACAGAGUUGUCAACAGAUCAUAAGCAAGUUCGAUACAACGUCCGGUGAAAAUCUUUUGAACGAGAAAGAUAAUAAAGAGGAUAAGGGUGGUACUGGCAACCUUCAAGCACCUUGCCUUGGUAGAGACACCGCAUUCGUUUAUCAAAAACUAGUCCAGAGUUUCACGAAAAUGGCAGGUGACGGUGUCAGUUCCGAUACAAAUUCGACGCCGCACAGUAGUCCUCCUUUGAUCGCAAAAGUAAUGCAUCACAUAGGAAGCCGAUUGGUAGCACUUAUGCACGAGGUAUCCGAAGGUGGUCCAGCGGUUCAACACCAUUCGACUACUACAUGGAGAAGAUACUCGCAGCACCAUCGAACACCUUCGUCCGCCUCAACGACGGAAGACGAUGACUCCACUUCGGACUCGACUAAUCCAACGUCCUCGACUCAUCUCCAAUUACCCAGAUCAAAGUCUCACGAUCCUUUGUUACUGAUUAAUAAUCAUCCUAAUACGUCGACCGGUCAGGAGGGAGAGGAAAGGGAAGCUAGCGAUUACGAGAGAUUCUCAUGGCGGGGUAGUUUCGAGUCGGCAUUAAUGGCCGCUGAUUCGAGGACAAAACUGAGCUUAUUGGCUUGUAGCGGGGACGUUAGUGGAGUUGGAGCUAGUGCUAGUGCUAGUGCUUUGGCAAUGGCAGCUAAACGACGCAGUGCCGGUGAUUUGUUGUUCAAUCCUAGAAGCUUGUCGAGAGAGCAAUUGGAUAGAGUUAGGAGUUGCGGUUCUAUUGGUGGUGGUAGCGGUGGUGGAGGUAUAGGAGGUGGAGGAUGUGGAGGAUCUAUCGAGGAAAGGAUUUGGAGUAAUAGGAGAAGAUCUUCCGUUCCGGACGCUAACACUAGAGGAGAGUCUGCAGGUGACGAGGACACAGAGGAUGAACUGGAAUAUGCUGCCGGUGAAUCCUCGCGUGCUACGACACUUCCUCGUGGUAUUCAAUCGGCAUUAAGCGCAGCUACCAAUUCUCUUCCACGUUUGCCGGCUUCGACAACAACGACUGGCCUUACGACUACGUCAACGACCUCCUCGCAAAUGCACAAAGCUCAUAGCGUUUAUCAUUUUCUACCGCAACAUAGCGGCGUCAAAUCGGCCAGAUAUCGACCGCCCGGUUUUGCCAGGAACAGCAACGUAACAGCGGGAACAAUUGGUGGCCCGAAACGUGCGGUCAGUGCACCGGGUUUACAAGUUUCGGGCUCGCAAAGUUCUGCGGCUAAACGUGACAAUUCUAGAACUAGAAGGCAACAGGCUAUCUCUCUGACACCGGACGAUGGAAGUAGCCUAUCAGAGGCGUGCAGUACGCCAAUCAUCGGGGCUGGUUCGCGUGCUGCUUCUAGUCACACGGUCAUGGAUAUGGACGAUAUGGAUCCUGGAUUGCAUUCUGGACAUCUCGCUACUCGUGCCUCUUUGUCCAGCCUUGGAGCACGCUCGGAUUCAAUGGUAUCGGUUUACAGUGGUGCUGGAGAAGGAAGGUGCUGUAGAUCGGUAGUCGUUACCGGCGAAGUCGAAUUUGCAUUACAGUACGAUUACAAGCAUCUAACGUUCGAGGUGCACGUUACUAAAUGCAAGAAUCUCGCUCCAGUCGACGUCAAACGAAAGCGAUCCGAUCCAUACGUGAAGGUCUAUCUCCUGCCGGAUAAAUCUAAAAGCGGUAAACGCAAGACGAAAGUGAAGAAGCACACGUUAAAUCCGGAAUUCAACGAGACUUUGAAGUUUCACAUGAGCCUGAGCGGUUUGGAGACGAGGACAUUAUGGCUGACAGUAUGGCACUCGGACAUGUUCGGACGAAAUGAUUUUCUCGGAGAAGUACGAAUGCCAUUGGAGAAUAAAAUUUUCGAUGACCCAACCCCAAGAUGGUAUCCACUUCAGGAAAGAACAGAACCAUUCGACGAUCCAAUCGCUUACAAAGGUGAAGUAAUCGUCGGCUUGAAGUUCGUACCACCUGAUCCCGCACAACAACAGGAACGUGAGCUGGGCUCCGAUCACAAGGGUGCUUCGAAAUCGAGGAAAAAUUGGAGUCGUGGUGCUUUGCACGUUCUUGUUAAAGAGGCCAGAAAUUUGCAAACGAGAGCUAAGAAUUCUGGGACUUGUGAUCCAUUUUGCAAAAGUUACCUGCUACCAGACAAAGGUCGAUCGGGUAAACAAAAAACUGGUGUAAUUCGUCGAUCAGGUGGUUCACCAGUUUGGGGUCAUACAUUUGUCUACAAGGACGUAAGUUUGCAAGAGUUAGCCGAGCGUGGACUCGAAUUAACGGUAUGGGAUCACGAUCGUAUCGCCAGCAACGAAUUUUUAGGCGGUGUACGUUUCAACCUUGGUACAGGAAAGCAUUAUGGGAAGGCGGUAGAUUGGAUGGACGCUACAGGACGUGAAUUGUCUCUUUGGCAAAGUAUGCUCGAGAGGCCUAACUUUUGGGUAGAAGGUGCUGUUACCUUGAGGCCAAAUUUACACAAUCAUGGGAAAUCCAAUAAUGGUUCUUAAAAGCCAAUUUCAUCAUCGAAACAAUUAGAGUAUCGAAGUUAUAUCUAUUUUUAGCUAAUCGGUGUAAAUAGAUUAAGCGAGAUUAAUCGUUCUCGUUCUCGAUGAUAGAUAAUCAGUGCCUUUCGGGAGAAUGAAAAAAAAAAAAAAAAGAAAAAUCUUCCCCUCCCCUUCCGCUCUCUUCGAAAAUGAAAAGAAAAAGAAAGAAAGGAAAAAUACAAAAAAAAAAGAAAUAUGAAAGAAGGGAAGUUAACCCUUUGAAAGGCACGAACGUGGUGUAAGUACGUUUUUACGAUAUGAAAUGAGAACGUUUUAUGUGUGAUCGACACGUAUAUACAUAUAUAAUAUGUAUAUAUACAUAUAUUAUACGUCGAUCUAUUUUCUAAACGCUUACACACACCUAAUCACGUUCUCAGAAGAAGAAGAAGAAGAAGAAGAAGAAGAAGAAGAGGAAGAGAAAGAAGAAAGAAGAAA